CAAAGAGGGCUUCAGACAGCACAUAACACACAGUCAUACACGAUGAACGCACCAGACCGUUUCGAGCUCUUUAUUCUCCCCGAUGGAGUGCCUAAGAUCCAGAUAACACCCGACUCGCGUGUCCCGAACUGUCUUCUAAUAAAGUUUGAGAGAGAAGACCACACGUUGGGAAACUUGCUCAGAGACGAGCUCAUCAACGACCCAAAGGUGCUGUUCGCCGCAUACAAGAUCGAGCACCCGCUCUUUGCCAACUUCAUGAUGAGGCUCCAGACGGAGGAAGGCUACAACCCAAGAACGGCGUUGAAAAACGCGUGCAACAGGUUGAUACAGAGACUGGGUCUUUUGAACGAGAAAUUCAAGAGGGAGUGGGAGUUGAAGGCCUUGUUGUCUGCCACCGAAAACGACGAUGUCCUCUGAGUCCUUCUCAGCGCUACCCCUCCUUUCUAAACUACGUGCCGCAGGUGCACCCAACGCACACUCUUUUACAUACUAUACAUAGCAUACUGU